GGAAGGAAAACAGAAGCAGGUCCGGUUGGAAGUUUGAAAGUAACCGAGUUCACACCGGUGUUAAACAGCUUCUUUAUUAUUGAAACCCUCACAUUUUCUCUUAUUAGUACUGAGGAAAAGCAGCCUGAGAGAUGAAAGUACAGGUUUGUGUGUGGGUGUGUGUGUUAGUGCUGUGUUUGGUUGAAGCAGGUGGUGAUAGUAAAGCACCCGAACAUGACAACAGUACCGUCAGUACAGCGACUCCUCACAAACCCACAGAACCUAAAGCUUCAGGAAACUUUACCCUCAACCCCUUCAACCUCAACACCUCCAUGAUCCAGAGAGCUCUCUAUGUCCUCAUCGUUAUCACCAUCAUCGGCAUGCUUUACUUCCUCAUCCGAGCUGUGCGUCUGAAGAAAAAGACCACGCCAAGGAAAAAAUAUGGACUGUUGACAAACUACGAUGAUACAGUGGAGAUGGCACAGCUGGAGAGCGAUGAAGAAGAAGACACAACAGUUUAUGAAGCCAGAUCGCUGAGAAGAUGAGUUCUGAAAUUCAAGAGGAGAAAAGGCAAUAAAGUGGAAUGAACCUAAGUGACCAAAACGUCCAAUGCAGAACUUUGGAAUUAUUAAGUGUACAGACGGACACUGGGCUGAGGGUGUUCUGAGGACUAAACUGUUACUCCGGUCCAGUUUCGGACCAAAACCGCUCUCAACAAGUUCUGUGCAGGAUCUAAAACGUGUAUUCUUCAGUUCUACAAUUAAAUACCAACUAUGUUUUUCCUAGAGAUGUGAUUGCAUUUUUGUAUUUGUUUUGCUAUAUUUUCUGUCAGUGCUUUUGUUUUUAGUUUUUUAAGCUUUUUUUCCCCCACACACAUUCUGCUUUCUUUUUGUUUUGUUUUUUUCAAAUGUAGACAUUGUGGCUGUUUGGACUUUAUCAUUUAGCAAUAGCUGGGCUGCACAAUACGACCAAAAUAUUUAUUAUAUCACUUUGCACUAUGAAUGAAUGAUUCCUUUAGGGUUGGCUGCUUCCAUUAGGGUAUUAAUUCUUUUUCCAAGGACCACACGGUGGCGCAUCGGGUAGUGUGGGUGCCGCACAUCACCUCGGGCCUGCGGAUCUGGGUUUAAAUCUUGCCUUUGAUCACUGUCUGUAUGCAAUUUGGCAUGUUCUCCUUGUGUUUUGUUGCUGUAUAAAACAUGUAUUUAAAAGUCAUUAAUAGUCAAUGUGUUUUAGGCAUGUGUUUUACGUUGCAUCAGAUGUAAGCACUUGGGACUCUUUUUUUACAGUGAACUGGAGGUAUUGACUUGUCCAGUCAGGUGUACCCAGCUAGCUCUUAUAAUACUAUAAUCUAUAAUACAAAAGCUUUUCAUAUAGACUUUCAAUCAGAUUUAGGGCAUUUGUAGCUUAGUGGUUAAGGCACUGGACUAGUAAUCGGAAGGUCACCGGUUCAAGCCCCACUACUGCCAAGGCCCUUAACCUUCAAUUCUCUGAUAAUUCUGAUUUGCUUAAUGUCAACUGUAUCAUUUACUUAAUUAGGAUGAUCGUUUUUCCAUUAAAUGUUUAUUUUGAAGGCAGCAUAAAAUAGGCACCUUAUUUCUCUUUGUCAUUUAGUGUCAUCAGCUUUUUUCGAAUGGUGAGUCACAUGACAUUUGGCUUACAUUUUGUUAUUCAAAAAGUGAUGCACCUGUAAGCAGACCCCACCAAAAUGAACUGAGACUAAUGCAAAACAAACCAGUUUGAUCCAGUUAUUUUUAUCUGCAGAAUCAACACUAUUAAUAAUGUACUCCUCGAGUUUAAUAAUGAGGUUUCCUACACUUGCCUACAAAAAAAGUCAUAUUUUUAUAGUUUGUUAAGAAAUUUGACAUUCCGUUUUCUGUUUUGAGCUUUUUCCAUUAAAACUUUUUCUAAAUCACAGAAAUAAAACAAUAAAUACUGUAAGUUCUAGAACGCUGAAUGAUUUAAAGAUGAUUUAAAGGCAUGGAGGACAGGGUAUUCAUUUUGCUAAGCAUUUCCAGAUGUUUAGUCCACUUCUAGCAAAUGUGGAUUUGCUAACUCGAUUAUGAUCUUUUAGUUUGUUCUUUAAUUAUCACCUACUUUGUUGUUUCGUAAAAUGUAAAAUUGCUUUUCUGGCUUUUUUUUUUUUUUUUUUGCCUUGUAAACAAAUCCAUCUGUGAUUCUGUAUUUUAUGGGCCACAAAGACACAUAAAAGGCCAGUAAAAUCACAACACUUGUGUAUGUUGUAUGACACUACAGUACAACUACUGUAGUACAAAUACUAAAAUUAUAACCAAAGUGGAUUUGAUUAUUAGUUAUGGAAAUUCAAGUUUACCAAAAAAGGUCAACAGUAUUGUAAAGAAAAGGUUUAUGUUUAAGUGUAAAGUGCCAUUUGAGAUACAUGCCUGAAAAAUUCUUGAUAUUUGGUGUUUGUUAUACACAAAUUGUGCCUUUGAGUGUCUUUUGUAUUCAAACUGGCUGUGAUUUAAUAUGGUCUGUAAAAAAACGGAUUCUCUGCACUUCUAGAUUUAAAAACUCAAAGCUACUUUGUAAUAUAUUUAAUAUAUGUCUAAAUCACCCUGCUGAAGUGUUGAACUAUUAGAAUAUUCAGUGAUUACAAAUAUAAGAAUAUUUUUCUACUGCUUUUUCCUAUUUGUUAAGGGCCAAAUUGGCAACAAUAGCCAUAGGUCUACUGUAAUUUCAUUCAUGCAGUACUCAAACUGAGUACAACAAUAAAGAAUUCAAAUAAAAGACAUUGAAUGCCAUUUUAAGCCAA